UGAGAUUUGAUGCAUUUGGCGCUGAGCGACGCAAUGGCGGGGAUCGUGGCCGAGGUCCAGGCGAAGGUCAUCGCAGUGAUGACCCAUGAAGCCUACCUGCCGUGCGUUAUGUUGACCAUCGCGGUUGUGUGGCUCGGGAUCGCGGUGGAACUGUGCCGUACGAGGCGCCGCUCGGUCGAGAUGGGGCCGGGCCGGGCCUGGCUGACGGAGUUGUACUUCCCGCCGAAGUUCGUCCCAUCGCUGGAGACGGUGACCGAAGAGGAGUUUGAAUAUACCUUGGAGCAAGAGUGGCACAAAGAGCAGAUGCUUUGCGUGGAGAAGGGCGUUGAGCAGAGGGAGGCGUUUUUGAACAGCCGUGAACACGAGCUUCAGGCAAGGCUACUGGAGAUGGAGCAGAGCGCGGAGGAACUGCAGUCAGG